GGCGGCUGCCCCGCGGGCGCGAACUGAGGAGCAGGGGCGGAGCGGCCGGUGGGCGCGGCGGCGGCGACGGGGGCGGGGCGGCCCGACGCCCGGGCCGGCGCCUUCCGCGUCAGCGGGGCUGCUUAGGGGAGAGACCAGAAAUAGCUGGAAUGCUAUCUUAAGCCAAAAAUCUAUUUAAACACUUAUUUAAUGCUGCUUAAAUGAAGAAAGAUAUAUAAAACAUCCAAAACUCCACCUGGUAACUAUCUAUUGAGACACUGGUCAAUAUGUCGCUCAAUCCAAGUCGACCUUCUUCAUCAGAGUUGGUGGAACUUCAUGUUUUUUAUGUCCCUGAAGGAUCGUGGAACUAUAAAUUAAAUACUAUUUCAGUAGAAGUUAUUAACAAGUUUAUUUCUGCUGGAUUUAUAAGAGUAUCACCUCAACUUACUUUACAAGCUUUGAGGGAGCGCCUCGGUGAGUUUCUUGGUGUAGAUGCUGUUGCAGAAAAGUUUUUAUUUCUGAAAUGCAUUGGAAAUAAUUUAGCUGUGGUGAAGGAAAAGCAAGAAUCGGAACUGAAACUCAAGUCAUUUGCUCCUCCAUAUGCUCUUCAACCGGAAUUAUAUUUGCUUCCUGUAAUGGACCACUUAGGAAAUGUUUAUUCAGCAUCAUCACCAGUGACUUUAGAUGAACAGCAAGGUGGUAAUGAUGGUACAACAGAGAUUGAUGGAGCAGUGCACAGGCCAGAGAGUGCGGCUCUAUCCAAGGAUGAACCUGGAGAGCCGAGUUCCUUGGAAAAUACUUGGAAAGAAGAAGCUGGGGAAAGCCAGACAGCACAAAAUCACUGUGAAAGUUCCGAGUUGCCAGGAUCAUUGGAAGAGUCAAAUGAUUGUUGCAGGAACCUAAAAAGUCCAUUUCUUUGGAAAGAUGAUGAUGGCAAUGCAACUAUCAAUAGACAGCAGGCCAAACCGGUGGGUGACAAGGAGCAGCAGCACAUCACACUACCAGAUCUCAUUGACUUCCCUUCAUUUCCUUCUCAACGAGUUUCUUCAAGGUUAACUGACACCUCUUUAUUGAAAAUUGAGAGAGAGAAGAUUAUUGAACAAAUGAAACAAGUAAAGGAAGAAAGAAAAUAUCUGGAAAAUAUUAGAGAAGAACUAAUUAAAAAAGUUGAAAAACUAUUUGAACAAAAUAAAUCGAAACGAUAUCAUGCCUGUGACAGCUGGAAGAAAAAAUACUUUGACACCAAGAAAGUCACAGCGUCAUUGGAGGAUGUCUUAACAAAACUUCGAGAAGAUUUGGAACUUUACUAUAAAAAACUCCUCAUGCAGCUUGAAGCUAGGGAGAUCAAGAUGCGACCAAGGAAUCUGGCAAAUAUCUCAGAUUCAAAGAAUUACCUUAUAAUCCAGAUCACUGAAGUACAGCAUGCAAUUGACCAACUCAAGAGGAAAUUGGAUACUGAUAAAAUGAAACUCAUAUUAGAAGUUAAGAUGAGAAAGCAGGCAGUUUCAGAUCUACAGACCCUGAAAGCGGAGCUGACACAGAAGAAAAUGGCCACAUCUUUCCGACCUCCACUAUUUUCUGGAAGUGUGCCAACCUAGGGGCUCAACAGAUGAACAUUGUUUGUGAUGAAUCAGCCAGAUG